GCCGUCCCUCGCUGACGGGCUGGGGAGAGCGCGACUGCGCAGGCGCCACUGAGCGGGUUCCCGCGCGGGUCUCCUCCGCGGUCUGACCCUCUGACCCCGCUGUCCCCGCGCGGCCAUGGCGGCGGUCAGGGCCCUGUUGGCACCCCGGCUGGUGGCGGCGGCGGCCCCUACGUUCGCGCCGGUGCCCGGUCUGCGGCCGCUGCUGCUCACUGGGCCAGUGCCCGCCCCGCGCGCGGCCUUCCACGGCUCCGCGCCGCGGCCGGGGGCCAGGGUCGCGCUGGUGCUGUCCGGGUGCGGAGUCUACGACGGCACGGAGCUCCACGAGGCCUCGGCGGUGCUGGUGCACCUGAGCCGUGGCGGGGCUGAGGUCCAGAUCUUCGCUCCUAACGUCCCUCAGAUGCACGUGAUUGACCACACCAAGGGGCAGCCGUCUGAGAGCGAGACCAGGAACGUUCUGGCUGAGUCGGCAAGGAUCGCCCGUGGCAAGAUCACUGACCUGGCCCAGCUGAGUGCAGCCAACCAUGAUGCCGCCAUCUUUCCUGGGGGCUUUGGAGCUGCCAAAAACCUGAGCACAUUCGCCGUGGACGGGAAAGACUGCAAAGUCAACAAAGACGUGGAGCGCGUCCUGAAGGACUUCCACAAGGCGGGGAAGCCCAUCGGCUUGUGCUGCAUCGCUCCUGUCCUCGCGGCCAAAGUGCUCCCUGGCGUCGAGGUCACCGUGGGCCACGAGCAGGAGGAAGGCGGCAAGUGGCCGUAUGCCGGGACCGCGGAAGCCAUCAAAGCCAUGGGUGCCAAGCACUGUGUGAAGGGAGUGACCGAAGCUCACGUGGACCAGAAAAACAAGGUGGUCACGACCCCGGCCUUCAUGUGUGAGACGGCGCUCCACCACAUCCACGACGGGAUCGGGGCCAUGGUGACGAAGGUGCUGGAGCUUGCCAGGAAGUGAGCCGCCGGCUCUGGCUUCGCCUCUUCCACCAGGCGGAGCUGGCGGCCUGUUGUCCUGUCCAGCUUGGAAUGUGACACACGGGGUCGGAUAAUUGGGGUGAGAGUCGUCGUCAGCUCUGCUCAGCUCACCUUCCUUCCAAGAGAGGAGCCCACGCCCUGGAGAGGCGGCCCGAGUCCCCGCCUGUAGGAGUAGCAACUGGACGCCUAGUGCCUCCCAGAAUGACAGUCAGCUUUCUCACGAAGCCAGUCAGGUAGAGGUAUUGUCUAACCUCAGGUUUGCCUAGCUUCAGAAUACUUAGUGUUUGGAAGGGAAAAUAGUUUUAAGUUUAUAAAUGUAAUAAUCAGAAAACCUGAAACCUGGUUAUUAACAAUUAAAGAUUCUCUAAUCUGGAGUAAA